AUGGCCGAAUACCAGUAUGGAGGCUCCGAUGAGGAGAACACUGAGCUGCACAAGUUCGAGACUGAGUUGUUGGAUGAUCCUGACAAUUUCGAAACCUGGGAGAAGCUGGUUCGCGCCGGAGAAGCUCUCGAUGGUGGAAUCAAUCGCAACUCCAAUCCGCAGGCCAUCACCACUGCCCGGGCUAUUUAUGACCGCUUUUUGGCCAAAUUCCCCCUCCUUUUCGGCUACUGGAAGAAAUAUGCCGACCUAGAGUUCUCAAUCACUGGCACCGAGGCCGCUGAAAUGGUCUUCGAGCGUGGAAUCGCCAGCAUCCCGCCUUCAGUCGAUCUUUGGGCCAACUAUUGUGCCUUCAAAGCGGAGACUUCUCACAAUGCCGACAUCAUUCGAGACCUGUUUGAACGGGGAGCUGAUUGUGUUGGUCUUGAUUUCCUCUCGCAUCCAUUCUGGGACAAAUACAUUGAGUUUGAGGAACGGAAUGAGGCUCAUGAUAACAUCUUCACCAUCCUUGCCCGAGUCAUCCAUAUUCCUAUGCACCAGUAUGCGCGCUACUUUGAGCGCUACCGCCAACUCGCCCAAUCACGGCCUUUGGUUGAACUCGCACCCGCGGAAAUUCUGGCUGUCUUGCGCGCCGAGAUCGAGGCUGCGGUCUCCCAAUCAUCUGCCGGUGCUAAGGCUCAGGCUGAAGUUGAGCGUGAUUUGCGUUUGCGAUUGGAUGGAUACCACCUUGAAGUGUUCACAAACACCCAAACGGAGACCACCAAGCGGUGGACCUUCGAGUCAGAGAUCAAGCGCCCUUACUUCCAUGUCACAGAGCUAGACGAAGGCCAGUUGACCAACUGGAAAAACUACCUCGACUUUGAGGAGGCCGAAGGUUCCUACCAUCGCACUCAGUUCCUGUAUGAACGAGCUUUGGUGACUUGCGCUCAUUACGAUGAAUUCUGGCUCCGCUACGCUCGCUGGAUGGCUUCCCAGCAGAACAAGGAAGAUGAUUUGCGCAUCAUCUACCAGCGUGCUGCUUAUCUUUACGUGCCAAUUGCCAACCCCACUAUUCGACUCCACUAUGCCUACUUCGAAGAAACAUGCGGACGUGUUGAUGUGGCAAAGGAUAUCCACGGCGCUAUUCUUGUCAACUUGCCCAGCCACGUGGAGACCAUCGUUUCUCUUGCUAAUCUUUGCCGUCGCCACGGAGGUCUUGAGGCGGCCAUUGAAGUUUACAAAACGCAAUUGAAUUCCACAGAAGUCGAAAUGUCUACAAAGGCUGCUCUCGUUGCUGAGUGGGCUCGCCUUUUGUGGAAAAUCAAGGGAAGUCCCGAUGAGGCUCGAAUGGUGUUCUAUAACAACCAGCAGUACUACAUCGACAGCCUGCCGUUCUGGCGGAGCUAUCUGGUGUUCGAGAUUGAACAGCCAACCAGUGCAUCCACUGAGUCGGUGCAGUAUGACCGAAUCAAGCAAGUCAUUUCGGAUAUUCGCUCCAAGAGUACUCUCCAAGUUGAUGCUGUCAAGGAGCUCGUCCAAAUCUACAUGGCUUACCUUCUUGAGCGAGGUACCACCGACACAGCAAAGGAGUAUUUGACCCUGGAUCGCGAGGUCCACGGCCCAGCAUCUGUCGCUUUUGCCCGUACCGGCGGCUCUGCGGCGGCAAUCUCGGUCCCUGCAAACAUUCAGAAUGCCCAGGUUCCCAUUCAGCAGCCCAGUCAAGAAGAUGCUGCUGUGCACGCUCAUGCAUACUACCAGCAGGUUCCUGUUAACGGUGGAUCCGCUUGA